GGAAUUAGGCAACAGGCAGGAGGUCCUCUUGUUACUGUUUUAUUGUUUUUGUAGGGCAAUUAUUGCAAUUUUGCUUCUUGGGAUCGGAACGGGAGAAAAGGGAAGUUUUGAGUUUUCUUUCAUGCAGAAUGAGAGUUCGGUCCGUGGACCGGAUCCGGCGGAAAUUAUCAUUCAUCCUAUAUAGAAUAGAACCUAAGUCAUUUGGCAUCAUUCACACAUUUUGGGAAAAGUGCGGUUAGAAUUUUGGGCGAGUGCACGCGGGGAACAGAAUCACAUAGAUAACAUAGAUUAUCCUUCAUUCUAUAUGGAAUAGAAUAUUUUACCAUGAAGUCUGUAGACAGAAAUUUCAUACUUAGCUGAAAAAAUCAUAUUUAGUUGACUCAGAAGUAGAGGUCACCCAAACCUAAAUCAAAGAAGAAAGAAAAUUUUGAAGAAAAAAUGGGUCAAAAUGGAAUUGUGCAGCCUUUGUUAACUGAUUUAUAUCAAAUAACUAUGGCAUAUGCAUACUGGAAGUCAGGAAAAAAUGAAACAAAUGCUGUCUUUGACUUAUUCUUCCGGAAAAAUCCUUUUAAUGGGGAAUUUACUAUUUUUGCAGGUUUAGAUGAAUGCCUCAAGUUUGUAGAAAAAUUCUGUUAUUCAGAUAGUGACAUAGAAUACAUCAAGCAGAUAUUACCACCACAUAUUGAAGAUCAAUUCUACGAUUAUUUAAAAUGUUUGACGGCAAAAGAUAUAAAGCUGUAUGCAGUUAGAGAAGGUACCGUCGUUUUCCCCAGAAUACCUCUAAUAAGAAUAGAGGGUCCUCUGAUCGUAGCUCAACUGCUGGAAACCACCUUACUCACUCUAAUAAACUAUGCUAGUCUUAUGGCAACUAAUGCAGCUAGAUACCGGAUGGCUGCCGGAAAAUUAAAACUUUUUGAAUUUGGAUUGAGGAGGGCGCAGGGGCCAGACGGUGGUUUGUCUGCGUCAAAAUAUGCCUACAUCGGAGGUUUUGAUGGAACCAGUAACGUUUUAGCAGGGAAACUUUUUGACAUUCCUGUCAAAGGUACGCACGCUCAUUCCUAUAUAACCUCUUUUGGAAACUUCGAAGAGGUUACAAACAAAAUGCUAGUACCGGCAGGUUGUUCCGGUUGUCCCCGAAAUUUCCUCGAACUGGCUAUCGAAUACCGUUCGAAGCUAACCUUAGUUUUUAACGUUCUACUAUCCGAAGUUAGUGACGGAGAGUUGGCUGCUUUUGUUUCUUUUGCGACGGCUUUACCAAAUAACUUUAUGGCGUUGGUAGAUACGUAUGAUGUGAAAAAAAGUGGGUUGAUAAAUUUUUGCGCCACUGCUUUAGCUUUAGAUCGGCUAGGGUAUCGUGCGCUGGGAGUUAGACUAGAUAGUGGUGAUCUCGCUUAUCUAUCCUGCGUGGCAAGAGACUAUUUCCAAAAGGUAGCACAAGAAUACAACAUUCCAUACUUUGGAGCUCUGACUAUUAUGGCAUCUAAUGACAUCAACGAAGAAACCAUAUUGAGCUUAAAUGAACAAGGGCAUUGUAUAGACUCAUUUGGCAUUGGAACUCAUUUGGUUACCUGUCAAAAACAACCUGCUUUAGGUUGUGUGUACAAAAUGGUGGAGCUAAAUGAACAACCUAGGAUAAAAUUAAGUCAAGAUGUUCAUAAGGUAACAAUUCCUGGAAAGAAAGACGCGUAUAGAUUAUAUGGCGAAGCUGGAUAUGCACUUAUUGAUUUAUUGCAGCGAAGCUCGGAACUACCCCCUAAGGAGGGUAGCAAAGUGCUAUGCAGGCACCCAUUUGAAGAAUCCAAACGAGCGUUUGUAACACCAUCCAAAGUUGAAAAAUUAUUAGUGCUACAGUUUGAUCAGGGGAGAAUUUGUCACGCAUCAGAAAACCUUCAAGAAGUACGCGAGACUGUUGAAAAAUCUUUGAAGAUCCUUCGACCUGAUAUCAAAAGAAACUUAAAUCCUACACCAUACAAAGUAUCGGUGAGCGAUGAUCUUUAUCAUUUCUUACAUACUUUGUGGCUUGCAAAUGCUCCGAUAGGAGAACUCUCUUAAGAAUGCUUAAACCUAUUUCAACUUUUUAUUAUGUGCGCGGAGUAAAAAAUUCUAAGGUCAAAACAAAGCGAUUUAUUAUGAUAUAAUAUGAAACUGUCGGUUUACUAAGUUGACCAGAUUUUUUUGGAGUUUUUUUUAAGACAAAAAUUGUAUGUCUUGCUGUACUAAAAUAAUAUUAAGACAACUUAAAACACGACCACUUUGACGUAUCCUAUCCAUUUUAGUAUAAACAGUAUAAAAAAGAGCACUUUUUAGUAUGUUCAUUUUACUUUAGUAUGUGAUCUUAACUACUAUUUUAAUAUAUAUAUUUUACAUUUUCUAUAAAUUACAUCAGCUGAUUUAUUCAGAAUAACUUUUUAAAGUUGGCUGUCUAUAGUUGUAGUUUUAUAAUAAUAUAUAAUAUACAAUAUAUAUAAGUUGCAGACAUUUUCAAUACAAGGGGAGAUUAUAAGAAAUUAUCAAAUACCUUAUAUUGAUAAUAUUUACAAAGUAGGAUAUUUUCUUUUUUAUGAUAUUAUUUCUGGCCAGUAUGAUACACUAUUUUUUCCUUCUUCAAAUAUUUUUAGUUACAUCGGUAUAUAAAUUGCUUUGGUUCAUGAUAUUAGUAUUUAUAGCCUAUGAAAUAGCUAUAGCCUCUUUUGGAAUACAUAAGUUCAGACAGUAUUUUAUUAAAUUUAUUGCAUAAUACAAAAAUAACUCAGUCGUCUGUAUAGAUUUUUUACUUGAAUUAAUUCCCAGCAUAUCUUUCAAAGAACCCGACAAAAAUGCUACAAGUCUUAGUUUUAACCCAUUAACUCCCGGUUAUUUUUUUUUUGUGAGAAAAUUAUUUUUAAUAAGUUUUUUUCAAUACUUCAAACAAACUUUGCUGUGACCAUAUGGUGCUACGCGGUUUGACUAUGAUUUAUAUAUAUGACUUUGAAACAAUACAAACAAUAUUCAGUCAUUUAAUUUAAAGUAAAGAUGAAUACUGUUAUUGUAACUCGACUUCAUAUGGAAUAUACAUAAAAACACCCACGUUGCAUUUUUUGCACACUCUUCUACCCACUAGGAAACAACCCCCAGUGGCAUAACAUCGCGGUUUGUCUUGUCGAACUCGAAUAACCGAAUGAUACUUUUUGAUUUUCUUCUAAAUUCGAGUUGCGGUAAAUAUGGUUUACCACCACUUUGUACCCCUUAUACCAAUGCGGUAUCUAUUCUCGUCCAUUAGGUUGCCACCAGCUGUGUUUUCCAAAAUGUCGGAUCAUAGAUUCGUCAUAAUAUAGAUACUGUUCGGGCUCAAAGGAAUAUAACAGAAUGUUCUCUGAUCUUAACCGUUAGUAGAUGUAUUUUCCACAUUUUAUCCGGUUUGUUAUUAUCAGUGAAGGAAAUAAACCGUAAAAUUAUAAAAAACGGUCUCUGCGCGUAGACAUCUAAACCAGUGAAGUCCCAGGCUAAAACCUUAUCCUUGGUAAAUUGGUUUACCCACUAAUAAUAAGAAUUCCAAUAUAGCAUUUCAUUAUUUCUACGGAUAAUUUAUGGUCGACACGUUUUUAAAUAAAAAAUACCUGGACGUUUUCUCGAUAAUCAUACGUAUGUUGUCGUCAUCGAAGAACAAUUGUAAUAAUUCCACGAGAGUUAAAUUCUGAUAUGGCUUAAAGUCAUAUGUUGGAAAAAUUUGCCCACUUGCUUGACUCUUUUGCUCUGACAUUUUAUGAUGGCUGAGAAGACCUAUGUUUUGGUGAAGCAUGACUCAAGACUUUGCGACGAAUCAUCAGAAUUCUACUCACCAACUUUCAUGUUAUCCAGGAGUUCUAUUUCGGCUUGAGCUCUAGAUUGUCUGCCAGACAAUUUGUUGAUAAGUCCACUACGUUCUUUAUCCCAUCGUGGAAUCUACGUGUGUCACAAUGUCCGUAUCGAGUGGUUCAAUAAAUAUUUCGUCUUAUAAUAAGCUAUAUCUAGGGCAUUUUGAAAUGAGAAACUCUUCCUAUAACAAAAAAAACCAUUUUGACAAAAAAUCGAUAGUAUAACUGCCCAGCGUUACCAUACGGUAACAGGCUGAUAUACCCGUCUGUAGCUCACAUGACAUAACUCAUGUUUUGAUGGAAAAUAAUACAAUAUUUGAUAUCUCUUCUAAUAAGCUAAUGAAGAUAGAAACGAUUCUGUAGAAAAAGUAUACAUAAACCAGACAUCAACCACCAGCAAACAAUUUGUUAUAAGGCUUUGUCAAAUCUGACGUACAGCCGAAUACAAGAAAUGUUUUUUUUUUCGUUUUAUCAAUUUCACAACCAUACAUUCAAAGUAAGACACGUUAACAUUACUUUUUAUCUAAAUUUUUAUUUAAUAUAACGAUGAAGUUAUAUUAAAUAUUUAUAUCUAUUUUUCCGUCGAUUGAAUAAUUCAUACUAGUUUUCAAAUAUCGACUGUCACUGAUUUAUUCACACUUUUCCUCACGUCAGUGACAAUAUUCAUUUUACUGGUGCCCGUUACCUGAACCGAAAAUUUGCUAAUUUUGCAAUUACAUUUAAUUGAAUAAUUCAAGAUUCACUUAUUAAAAUUUUUUGAAACUUUGCGCAAGGGUUUGCUAGAUUGGUCUCUUCAAAAAGUUAUCUUACAUUUUUUCUGUAAAAUGUACAGGGAAUACAAUAAUUGACCCCCUUAAAAUUUACAUGGGAUUUCCUAUGUUCCGCUCGGCAACGCACCACCGGAUAUAAUUAUAAGUGUGUUUUUUUAGAGGCGAAGAAUUUUAAAUUGAAACUAAACACAAACUAUUUUAUUUAUAUUAAUGAUUUUGCUUUUAUAUUUAAGAUAAUUUUUUGGCAUUAACAUUUAAAUAUGAUUUCGGGCAUGUGACUCCUACGACUGGCGCGUACAUGAUGUAAUCUAUAGGUCCAAUUUUCACACACUCUUUCCAGUACUGCGUCGUAUGUUGGCUUCCAAGUGCUCAAGUGUUUCGGGUUUAUUAGCGUAAACAUGCGACUUAACAUAGCCCCAAAGAAAAUAAUCUAAUGGCGUCAAGGUGCACGAACGAGAUGGCCAGUUUAGAGAUGCAUUUCUUGAAAUUAUUUGUUGCUCGAAUAUCUCUUGCAGUAAAUUAAUUGUUUGGCGCGCGUAUGGUGGCACCGUCCUGCUGAAACUACAUUUUUGUAAUGACCAUCAGCAUUUCUGAAGACAUAAGAACCAAUGAUUCCACCAGUCCAUAAAGCGCACCAAACAGUGAGUUUUUCUGGAUGCAAAGGUGUUUCGACAAUAAAUAUAAAGUUCUCGUGGAUUCUCAUCGCCCCAAAUUUAGCAAUUCUCCUUGUUUUCUUAGCCUAAUCUCUAGUCUUAAGUGUGCUUCAUCACUGAACAAUUUUCAUAUGAAAUCGUGGAUCAACAGCAAUCUUUCCUUCCACCCAUUCAGCUAAUGUACCGCUUAAAAAGAUAAUCUUGAGGUUUCAACUCCUGGACAAGUUGAAUUUUAUAUGCUCACAACCCGAGAUCUUUGCGCAAAAUUUUCCAUAAAGUGGACACAAGUCCACUUGUUGAGAACGGCGACGAAUUAUUACAUUUGAAUCACUAUUAACACUAUGUUGCACAGCACCUAUCGCUUCUUGCGUGCACACUGUACGGCGUCUUACAGAAUGCGUAUUGUUGAUUAGAUUAAUAUUGCGAAAUCGAUCAACAAUUUCUCAAAUUAAACCAAACGUUGCUCCGGGAUGAGUCUAUUCAUGUUGAAUUGCCAAACUAACCUCAAAACAACCCAGAAAUGUAAGAUUGGCUGUGACAAAAAACAGUGUAGCCAAAUGAAAGUUCUCCGCCUCUAAAAAAAACACCUUUUACUUACGCAAAGUUUGGCUCCCUAAUGAAUUACAGACACCGGUGUUUGUUUGGUCCGAACGAAUAAACAGGUUGAACUAUUUUUAAGUGGCUGAUAGCGGCAUCUCUUCAACUGGUCUGAAAAUAGAGCUGCAGCAUCCGAAAGAGAACUUAUGACCAGUGCUGUGAAUUCGUGUUCCGAAGGAUCAGCAGCUUGAAAGAAGACUUGUGUAAUAAGACAACGCUUUGUAUGCCAGUGUAAUCUUUAAUUAAAACCUUCUAAGCGCUUUCGGUUUGUUAGACCAUCUUCAGAGCAGCUCUGUGACAACAAACAAAAAGAUUAUGGAGUGACCUAACAUAAACAUAUUUGAAAAUGAAACAUGGCUAAAAUCAGAACAGCACUUCGAUCUCCUUUAUUUUAAGUUUCUAAGACAGUACAGAGGAGAGGGAUAUGGAGGCCUAGCAAUCGCCAUUAAAAGCAACAUUCUCUUCACAACUUCAUUAAUUAGCCAUAUAGACCAAUCCAACAACCUGUAAGCUCAAGCCAUUAAAAUACAAGCUUUGCACACAACAACUGCCUAUGCCUCACAUAAGAUUUGAAUUGAAAAAUUUAAGGUCUAUUUUUUUAAUGCAAACUUAUGGCAGCAAUAUAUUUAUGGGAGAUCUAAAUGGCGAUGAUCAAGAAUGGGAAAGCAAGACCAACAUUUCUAAUCGAGAAUAAUUAGCUGCAAUCUUAAAUUCGAUGAUAAAAUCGACUUUCAACUUCUCAUGAACGAUGGUUCAUCUACAAGACUACACUUACCAAAUGAAAAUGUAAACACCAUAGAUCUAACAAAGAACAACCAAGAAGACAAUUUCAACAAGCAAAUUAAAAUUCAUAUUACGAUGAGGUAAACACAAAGAUGGCAAAUGUAAGACAGAAUGCCGCAUACAAUGAUCUAAUCGAGACAACCCAGGAAGCAGCAGAGAACCAUAUUAUCAAGAAAAAUACCAAAUUCUUUAAUUGAAAAUAUAAACUUUAGCUAUUUAUCUUCCUAUAAAAUUAUGGAAAAAAAUGAAGGUCCUCAAAUAUAAUAUUGAAGAGUACCGUUUUAGCAACCCAAUACAUGCAAAAAUCGAGAAGAAAAAAAACGUGCCAAUUACCAAUGAUCUUGUCAGGCAAAGGUAACUUACAUGUUUGUGUUACAAUCCUACAUUGCCUUAUUCCUUAAUAUUUUGAAAUCACAUCCUUAUAAGUUAACAUUGAGUAACCUGUCUGACAUGAAAUACCCAAAUAGUAUGACCUAAGGUGUAUAAGCCAAAAGUACACCAAAUGCACAGCACUUAAUCGAAGUAAAAAAUCGGUGUUCGUUAUGAACUUUUUACUCAAACUUGAACGAUUUUCGAGCCAGAUAAACCAGAGCAUUAUCUAAUGCCUGGCAAAUGCAAUUAUUACGUUCAGGUACACAUAUCAAAUUGUAUUUCAUGAUUUAAUUUUAUGAAAAAUACACUAAUUUUAGAGUUAAUUAGGCUAAUACUCACCUUAUGAGAGGCUAAUACUCACUUUUAUGAGUAAAUGUAUUUUUUACAAAAAUACAUUUACUCAUAAAACAACACAUAUUUUUCGAAACAUUGUUUAAAAAAGUGUAUUAGUCUUUAUAAAUAUCUAAAAUCAAGAAAUAUUUGUUGUUGCUUUGUUCUAGCCAUACAGUUGUUCGAGCUUCACAAAUAAAUUGAUUCGUUUUAAUAAUUUAUAAUGUAUGUACCCUUUUAUGAAAGUACAAUUUUCUGUAUUAAUAAGGGCUUUGAUUUCACUGGGCUCACAUACAUCUUUAAAUAGUUUAAUAUUUAAAUUUCAAUUUUGUAUCAGUAUUAUUUACUUCGUCUGCACAUGACUAUCCUGUUAUACGGAUUGAAAUUUACUUCCGUUAACAGAAAUAGUGGACAUUUUCGAGGUUCCAAAUCAGCUUUAGUGUAAAAGAUUAUCCAAGUCAGAGGAAUAUUAAAACUGACUCUUUUUUUUUACCUGCGUCCUUAUAGUAAUUAUUUUAUUAUUUUUGGUAUUAAUAUUUUAUUUCUGAUAUCAAAAAAAUAUAAUAGAGACAUAUUUUUGCUAAAAGCACCUAACACCUUUAUUUAGAAAAAAACAUCUUCCUAAAGGUACGUGGUUUUGAAGCUCUAAGGUACUUACUAUCUUACUAUUGGCAAAUGUAAAUUUAGAUCCGAUUUAUCCUGUAUAUAAUAUGUCUGAGCCAAUAUAAAGCAUUUAGUAGAAAGCGAAUAACUUUUUUUAAAUUUUUUUUUAUUUGUUAAAAAGAUUAAGUCGGUCAUAAAUCGAGGAUAUCGCUAUUAUCUGGGACUGCGAAUCUAAAUAGACAUUUAUUAUGAAAGUGGUCAGAAGAAAGUAAAAGAAAAAUUUCGUUCAUCGCUUAUGUUAUAUUCAACAGUCAAGAAAGACACAUCUUUUACUAGUAAUUUCUUUUGGCAACUUAUGUAAUAUAUCGCUUUUUCUUGUAUUGUUUGUAUGUAUUUCUUAUAUAUGACUGACUAUAUUUGUUUCGAUAGUCGAAAUACAUUAUUCGUAAAUAAAUAUGGCAGCUAUUAUACUUUUUUUCAUGUUGAUAAGCACAAUACUUUCAAAGAAUUUAUUGUUAUUUUGUUGACCUCUUUAGAUUUAUGACGGUACUUGUAUUAUGUAUAUUUAAUAAGAGUAGGUAUUAUUUAUUAUGAAUUAUUUGUAUAUUUUGAUUGUUAUUUAAAAUCUUUGUAUAUAUGUGUAUUUUAUGGUAUAUAAACUUUUUAGUGUAGAACCAUUGUAUUAAGACAUUUAAAUCGAUGUAAGGUAUUUAAAUCCAUCCAGAAUUUUAGCAUGAAAAAUGUUUCGUUUCCUAUAUUCUGAUGACCACAGUAUCAGGGUUAAAUAAUAUACAGGGUGGCUAUUCAAAAACGAAAGUCAAUUUUGGGCUUUUCAGGUCAUUUAUAAAAAAAGGUUGGACCCGUCAAUUUUUGAAAGCGUUUACUUUGGUUACAAAUAUUUCCCUAAAUAUUUAAUUUAACCCUGAUAUGGUGAUUCUAAGUCAAGAGUGUUAAAAGUUUUUAAAAUAUUUUCUGGAAAGGAUUAAAUACAUGUUGAAUAAUAUAUUUUGGCACAAAGAAAUAAUGUUUCCAUAAGUUUUUUUGUAAUUUAUUUUGCGGUCACUAUAUUAUACACCUAAGGACAUAGGAAUUUCAACAUUGUACUCCCUUCUCCAAUUUCACAAUACUCUUUUAAGUCCGCAAAUUUUAAAGCACCAAAUAGCAUACGCCUCGGAGUUACAACACAAGUACAAACUAUUUUAUAACGGUAGGUCUAACUCGUCUGCCGUUAAGCACUCCCCACUACCAAUACUAUAGAAUUUCCUAUGUCCGGUCUUUAAAUUUUCAUACCUGUAUAAAUUAGUUGAUAAGAUUAAUUUUUAUUUAUUGGCAUAUUGGUUAUAUUUUUUGCUUAUUAGACUAGUAGAUCUGUUUACUCUUUAUAUCAAUUCUUAAACGAACGUUUUUUGUUUUGAAGUUUAGGUUGUUCCAUGGUUUUAGACUAUUUAUAUGCAUUUACUUGUUUUUGUAUAAAUUGUUAUGUUAUGGUGGUUUGAGAUAAAGAAAUAUACAAUGCACAAUUUGUGAAA